GCGUCAAACGCUGCUAUUGUCACCAGCUCUAUGGCAAGGAACAGAAGUGGGGCUGCAGAUGGUUUCAGAUGUGGGCGGAAAACACGCGUCGAGCCCAGGAAGCCAAGUGUUCCCUCGUCGUCAUCACCAAGGAAGACAAAAGUCUCGGCAAUUCGCAGAAGGGUGAGGUUGCCUUUUUGGAAAACUCGGGUUACAAAUACGAAGCUGUGACCGUGCGUGACUUUGUAGACUCGUUCCUGAAGGAAGCGCGAAGUGGUGAGGAG